AUGUCUUGGACGGGCUCAUAUCCUCCUCCGCCUCGUCGUUCUCGCUCCCGCUCUCCCUCCCGUGGCUCGUAUCCGCCUCGCUCGUCUUACGGGGACCCGCAUUAUCCCCCGGACCAGUACCGCGCUGAUUGGGACACAUACGACAGAGAUAGAUGGGCGUACUAUGAGAGAGAAAGACCCGGCUAUGAUUAUGGGCGUCGCGGAAGAAGUCGUAGCCCUCCUCCAGAUGAAUUUUCACGCAAACGACGUCGCUCUCCUUCUCCCUUCGAAAGGGAUAGAUACGAGCCGCGGCCGCGCUUCAAUGAUGACUAUGAUGCUCCUCCCCGUCACGGAUACUCGUCUCCCUCACGGCGCGGCAAUUCCGGGCCAUACUCAUCCAGACGCCCGCCUGUGGACCCUCACCAUCUAGACUAUCCUGCCUCACUGAAGCAAUAUGCUGAAUGGUUCAGAUAUUAUCACCCUCAAGCAGCCAUAGACGAGGACAAUGCCGACAAAGCUGCUGAGCAGGAGGCAGGCGACGGUACCAAACCACGAAACGGUAUCAAGACUCGAUGGGAGAACUACAAGAAGGACUUUGCCGCUACACAGCUUCAGACGAUGUUUGAACAUCACAAAAAGUCACCUUGGUUUGCCGAAAAGUAUGACCCAGCACCGGAAUUCGCGAACCUGCGUUUGCGGGUUCGGAAGGAAGGUUGGAAGGGCCGCAUCGAUGCUUUCCUGCUUGAUCUUGAAUCAAGCAAGUACGAUCCAGAUUCACAGGAGUCUACCCAGCAAUCAUCCCCGACCUUGGACAACUCCACAAACGGGGAGCAGAGCGGGGACACCAAUGGGGCUGGGGAUGAAGGGAAAGCCAACGGAGCGGACGAUGAGAUGCAGUUUGCUAUGGAUGGCGACGAGGACGGUGGUGAUCCCGAUGCCGCUAAAACGGAGUCCAACGGAAAGUCUCAGCCACAGGACGCACGCCGGAUGCUGAAUCGUGGCGAGGAGAUUUCAACUAUGCCAGAGGGGAAUCAGGUUACCAUUCGAACUAUCCCUCCCGACAUCGGGCGAAUGAAGCUGGAGGAUUCACUUUGCAAGAUGCCAGGGUUCAAGUAUCUGGCACUUGGGGAUCCUAUGCAGAAGCGAAACUACUACAGAGCUGGUUGGAUACGCUUCAUUGACGAUGCAGAUAUGUCGGCUGUCAUGACCGAGCUAUCCGAGAAGAAGAUUGAAGGCUUCAAGCUCCAUGUUACUCACAAUACUCGUCCCUUCACCGCCAAGAUACGUUGUACGCCGGAAAUUGCUAGUCGUCCUGAACGACUUGAAAAGGAUCUGGCCAACAUCAAAACACUGGCGGCAAUCUUGGAAGAGGAAGCCGCCAAGCUACGGAAAGCCAAGGUCAAGAAGGUCACCGUGUCGAAGACACCCAAUGAGAAUGCGCCAGCGGAUCCCGACGCCCCGAUGGAAGAUGCAGGUGAUGAUAUCAUGGAAGACGAUCCGGAGCCGAGGGAGAAGGGCAGCGACGCUGUAGAACGUAGAAUUGAAAAGGUCAUGUUCGAUUUGCGGGAACAAGGCGUUGUAGAUAUCAACGACGAAAAGGCGUAUGAGGAGAAGAAGGUUUCGAUAUCCUUGGAUAUGUAUUGCGCGUACCUCCGAGCUGCGUAUCACACAUGCUAUUAUUGCGCCCUUGUUGCAGAUCAUAUUGAAGAAUUGCAACGUAAGUGUGUGAAGCACGAGAGGAAACCUUACGGGAAGGUUGCCGCUGAAGAAGCCAAAGACGCUGGGAAGGAGAAAGAUGCUAAAGUCAACGAGGAGUCGGCUGAGGCUAAGGAUCCCGCUGAGAAAGACGCUGCCAGAGACAAAGAGCGGGAGAAGAGUAAGAAUGACAACUCGAAGAAUGUUAAGAGCGAUGAACGGUGGCUUGAAUGGCAUGACUCGAAGAUCGCUCUUCUUAUUAACCGCGACGGCGUCGAUCCUCAUGAUUAUGGCGGCAAGAGAUACCAAGAAGAGCUGGCAAAGGUGCUGGAACCUUUCAUCAAGCAAGAGGAUGAAGGCAAAUUCCGCUGCAAAACCUGCCAGAAGCUGUUCAAGGCUACUUCAUUUGUUGAGAAGCACAUCGCCAACAAGCAUCCUGAACACACGAAGGACCUGGAAGAGAUACCUUACUUCAACAACUUUGCCCUUGAUCCGCAUCGGAUACAACCGUUUGUGCAUCCCCCACAGCUCCUCGGCAGUGGUCAGCCUCCUCCUCCUCAAGCAUACGGUAUUCAAGCUCCUGUCUACCACGGCGGUUCAGGUGGUGGCAACGAUUAUGGGCGUACGGGUGGUGGUGGACAGUUUGUUCCGCAAAUGACAUAUCCUCUCUUCAGCAACGGCUGGGACAUGGGCGGAUUCCCUCCCAACUCCUAUCAACCCAUCCCACAACCCAUGCGACGCGACGAAGCUACGACUGCUCGGCGGCUGAGUGAUCGCAUCACUGGUUUUGCUCCUGGAUCGGAGUUGUCCACCCUUCCGCCCGCUAUUGGUCUCCCUCCCAAACCCUCAGCGGCUGCCUUAGAUUCCGCACUUCAGGCCGGCAACACAGGUAGGCGAGGCGGACGCAGUGGUGCCCAGGCCAUCGGCCCUCCUCCCCCUCCUCCCCCAGACGCGAAGGAGGAUCCAAGAGCUGCGGCUGGCAAGAGAGUCAGCUACCACGAUAUGGAUCUAGUUGCCGAGGGUGAUGUUGAGCUAACGUAUUGA